AUGCUGACUUCAGUGCAUUGACUCUUGAGUAGGCUUUGCUGGACUUGCCCUUGCUUUGGGACUCAUAGUCUUGCCUGUUACCUAGGCUUCCUGCUGUGAUUCUGGAUUUGCCAGUUUCCAUAUGCUGAUGGGGAUUGUGUUCUGGCUCUUUGUCGGUGUCUUAAGAGAAGCUGAUGCUCUGAACAGCGAGCCUGAGGGAAGAGACAGCCUGCGUGCUGAUUGCCUCCUGCCUCGCCUUUUCUCCCAGCCGCUCCCAGGGAGCUCUCACGGGCCAGCGGAGCGGAGGGGAGAGCCGCCGCACUGAGGGCAUUUGGCCAGUGGGCUGCGGUGGCCAGAGUCCUCGUCACCCCGCAGCAGAGACAACCAGCCCCUGCUGGGUAGAUGCCCGCAGGGGAGAGGACGACUCCAGGUGAACUGAUGCAUCUCGGCACCUGGUACCAGGCUCAGGUAAGGGCAUGAAGAAAGAUAUAGAUACUUUAAUAGCCCAGGAAAAAGAGGAGAUCAUUGCCAAGUAUGAGAAGGGCAGGCAGGAAGGAGCUCAGAUUGACCCAUGGGAAGAUGCUGAUUUCACGCUGUAUAAAGUUACAGAUCGGUUUGGAUUCCUGCACGAGCAGGAGCUGCCAAACCGCACUGCCUUGGAGGAGAAGCAAAAACAGCAGGAAAUUGAACGUGUUGACAAGUGGCUAAAGAUGCUGAAGAAAUGGAGCAAGUACAGAAACAGCGAUAAGAUGUGCCGGCGAGUGUACAAAGGGAUCCCGCUUCAGGUGCGAGGGCAGGUCUGGUCACUUCUGCUGGACGUCGAGAAGAUGAAGAAGGAGAAUGAAGGAAAAUAUGAGCAAAUGAAAGAACAAGCAAAGAGCUUUUCCUCAGAAAUCAAGCAGAUCGAUUUGGAUGUUAACCGCACCUUCCGAAACCACAUCAUGUUCCGAGAUCGCUACGGAGUGAAGCAACAGGCACUCUUCCAUGUCCUAUCAGCAUACUCAGUUUAUAACACCGAAGUGAGCUACUGCCAAGGGAUGAGCCAGAUCGCAGCCAUCCUCCUGAUGUACCUGAACGAAGAGGAUGCGUUUUGGGCCCUGGCGCAGCUGCUGACCAACCAGCGGCAUGCCAUGCACGGUUUUUUCAUUCCUGGGUUCCCGAAGCUGCAGAGAUUUCAAGCUCAUCACGAGCAGAUUUUAAGCAAACUGUUUCCCAAACUGAAGAAGCACAUGGACAAGGAACAGAUGACUACAGGGAUUUACACAACCAAGUGGUUCCUGCAGUGUUUCAUUGACCGGACGCCCUUCACCCUCACCUUGCGGCUGUGGGAUAUCUACGUCCUGGAAGGAGAACGGGUGCUGACAGCCAUGGCUUACACCAUCCUCAAACUGCACAAAAAGCGCUUGCUGAAGAUGGCAUUGGAAGAUUUACGGGAGUUCCUGCAGGAGAAAAUUGCUGCUUCCUUGCAGUAUGAGGAUGAUGCCGUCAUCGAGCAACUGCAGGUGUCGAUGACUGAACUGCGCAAGAUGAAAUUUGACCUCCCCCCGCCAGCAAAGCCUGAGGAGUUCCCACGGAAACCCUUGGGCCUGGAGCUCUCCCUUAACCCAGUAACCGUGAAGAGCAACAUGGCAGCCAACAGCCAGAAUGGCCAGGUGGGCGAGCACCCCCCGGACAGGGAGCCCCAUCCCCACAGAGCCCCUGGAGCACCGGGAGGAACACCUGCGGUGGAGGCAAGGACUCCCACCCCCCAGGGCAGCAAAGCAGCUGAAGCGACAGACACACACCUGCAUCCUCCUGCCGAGGGGCCGCCCGGAGAGGAGGCUCAGGCAGUGCCCCCCAGGGAUGGGCAGCCACCAUCUCUUCCGAAGGGAAGCAAGACGCAGACCCACCACCACCUCCUGCCCCCAGCCCUGCCUCCGGAGGAGCCUCUUCUUGCUCCUGGCCACACCACGAUGGACCACGAGCCUGUCUCCCUCCCCGCCCCGGCCGAGCAUGGCUCCUCAGACUCCUCCCUCCAAAAUACACCAGGUCCUCCCGACUCGAGCACUGUCGAGCUUUCCACUACGGACCACGUGGUAUGGCAGCCAAAUCCCACUGCCCUGCCGGCAGGAGACCAAGCAUCUUCCCUCUGCAAAGAGAAAAGGCUUGAUGCAGCCCCUCAUCCUCUGCCGGGCAGCUGGCAGCAGCUCUGUGGUGCGGCGCAGCGCGACGGUCCCCCCAGGAGCGGGCAGGGGGAGGGCACGGCCGAGGCGCGCUGCAGAGCGGCACUGCCGGACAAAACAGAUUUGAAGCGCUUGGCAUCCAAAGCUGCCUCCACAGGGGAGCUCGCCAGCAUGCAGCAGAACGGGCCAGGGAGUGCCACCAGCACUGCACGCUGGCCCGAGGGCUUGGGCACGCUGCCUGGGCACGGGCUGGUGGGCAGCAGCGUGCCCAUCCUGUCCAGCAGCGAGUUGGAGGCAGGGCAGCUGGGUGAGGGACACCGGGGGGAACCGUCCCCUGCAGCCAAGGGGAACAGCCCCUACACCGUUAUCAAAACCACCACUCCUCUCCACCUUGCCCACGCCACAGAGCAGGACUUGUGGAACAGAAAGCAGGUGGCACUGCCUCUGCCGGAGAGCAGACGUCCCCUGCCUGCCACCUCCACGCCACCACCUCUUGUGCUGGACCAAGAGGAGGGAGAUGCCCAAAAAAGCCUCCAAAAACCAUUAAAUGCACUGAAAGCCCCACGACCACCCCUCAGCCCCAAACCAAAAUUACCACCGCAGGUUGCCAAAUCCCCCUCAGAGAACAGUUUCCUUUCAGGCUCUCCUCCCCUGGCACAGCUGCCCAAGUCAGUGACGUUCUAGUGGGGAUGGGAGGAGGCAAGGGAGAGGAAGCGGGUGCUGGAGCAGCACCCUUGCCCCGUUUUCGGGCCCCCCCCACCUUCAGCAGGGCUGUGUCGGGGUGACAGCACAGCAGCCAUCGCCUGUCAGGCUGUGCUUUGGUACGAGCGCCCGGUGAGGAGAUGGAGCGGUGGCCACCGGCACCAGGAGGCACCAGCAAAUUGGGUUUGCAUCUUUCCUACGGACAAAUCGGAAACUGCUUUCAUUUUUGUGUUCCUUGAAGCUCCCCGAGCCUCACUGCGUGCAGGGGGAGGAGGCAGAGCUGGUGAAUGUGUUGCGUGUUUUCUCCUGCUCCUGCCUGCCGUGGGUACCCACAGCUGUGGAAGUGGGUACAAGGCGUAAGAGUCCGAAAUGCUUUCUUUAAAAUGCCCGAUCGGUGCCCCCAACAGCAUUGCUUGCAAAGGCUUUUGUAGCAAUAGAUCUUUUAUUUCUUUUCCCAGAGCCGUGGUUAUAGGCAGCAGCAUUUUCGGGCAGGGCCGUGGCACGGGCAGCCCUCUGCCUGCUCUGUGCAAUUCCAGAGGGCAGCACCCGGGCUGUACACGGGCUGUGCCCAGCUCCUGCCACCCGCCAUGGUGGGUGGGCACCCGGAGGGGAGGUUUAACAGCUUGGUGUGACCCAGGGGAGGACCAGCAGCAGGGUGAUUGUUCCCCAAGUUCUCAAGGUGACAAGGACCGCGCUGAAGGUUGAGCCUGGUCUCUGCUGGCAAAUUUUUCCCUCAGCGGCGAGUGGGACAGGCGCUGCCUUUCCCUUGGCUGGGCAGGAAAGGGGGCUGCAGCCUUGGGAAACCUCCUGCCUUCACUAGCGAGCUGCUGGAGGUGUGCUGGUGUUUAAUCACGGUUCCCAAGCUGAAGCCCAAGUGACAUGUCAGGGUGGGGACAGUGUAGGCACUGGGGAAGGGGAGCACAUUGCCCAGAACCUCAUCUCAGCCCUUCUGGUUUAGCCCACCCAGAAAUCGCCAGCGAAGGAAGGAAACCCGGGCAGAGAUGUUCAAAGAUGAUGCUGUAGCAGAGCAUCAAGGUCACCACAGCCCACUGCUGAGGAGGAGAUAAUGUGCUGGCUGCCUGCUUGUCCUUCGUGCACCAAGUCCUAGGGGCCUGUCCAGCUCCUCCCCAUCCCAGGAGGUGGCUGCUGCACAGCCCAAACCUGAGAGCUGGGCCAAACUCCUGUGCCCAGGAGAGGGGACUUCAUCAGGAAGAUUGAUGGAAGCAGCAGGAAAGAAACUAGACCAGAUGUGCUGUAUUUGCCUGCUCUCCAGAGGGGUGACUGCAGCUGCCACCUGAGGUGGAGACCAUAAGCAAAAGCUCCUUUAUGUUCUAAGGAGACUUUGAAAACUGUUUUUUAUCUGCCUGCUUCAGUAACAUAACCUGAGCUGAAGCCUACCUGGAAGCCCAGCAGAAAACUGCCGUGAAAUUACUUUGUGGGGUUUAUCAGGUGGUGUUUGUUGUUUGGGUUUGGUUUUUGUUUUUGUUUUUUUUUUAAUUUGUGUGCAUGUGGUGGUUUGUAUUGCAGCAGGGAGAGCACCACAGGGAGCACCCCAUCUGUUUAGAUGUAGCCACACCACAGCACCCUCAGCUUCUGUGGCAGCCCCUGCUCUGUCAGAGACCCCAUCUUCUGCUGAGCCUCCCCCCUUGCCCCUCGCUCUCUCCCUCUGCAAAGCAGGGAUAACCCUAUUAGCUACCUCGCAGGGGUGGUGUGAGGAGUCAAGAAUUGCUCUUUGAGAAGUGCUGUAUGAAAUGUUCAGUAUUUGUGUUUUGAGACACCAUGGGUCCUUUCUGGAACAAUGGUGCUUGAAUUGGGUUUAAUUUAGAGUAUGUUUUUCAGUAACUGUGCAGUAGUUAAACCCAUUUGUGUGUUAAAAUACCUGGGCAGUAUUUCAGGACAGGUAUCAGUUGUCUUUUGCUAGCAGCCCACUGGCCUCUGGAGCUCACUAGGAAGCAGCAGGAAGCAUCUGAGGGCUGGUGGUCACCUCUUGGCCUGUUUGCUGUAGCUUGGUGGUCUGUCCUCUCCUUGAAGCACACACAGGCCUCCUGCUAACACAUCCAAGUGGUUGGCUCAUGCAUGCAAGAGCUCUUUCCCCUCAUUUCGGGCACGCGGCCCUUGCACAUCACGUUGCAUGUGCACUCAGGCUCCUCACCCAGUCUGCGUCUGGGAUGUUUUGCAGUAUUCACGUU